UCUGGGAGUGUCAGAUUUCAAACUCAGCAUUAGCCACUCAGUGCUGUGCAAUGCUGGGGACCUGCCUCAGACUCCUGGUGGGCGCUCUGUACACUGUCUGCAGCUUGGGCACAGCCAGAUCCUAUCCAGACACUUCCCCGCUGCUUGGCUCCAACUGGGGAAGCCUGACCCACCUGUACACAGCUACAGCCAGGACCAGCUAUCACCUACAGAUCCAUAGGGAUGGCCAUAUAGAUGGCACCCCCCAUCAGACCAUCUACAGUGCCCUGAUGAUUACAUCAGACGACGCUGGCUCGGUGGUGAUAACAGGAGCCAUGACUAGAAGGUUCCUUUGUAUGGAUCUCCGCGGCAACAUUUUCGGAUCGCAACACUUCAGCCCAGAGAACUGCAGGUUCCGCCAGUGGACGCUGGAGAACGGCUAUGACGUCUACCUGUCGCCGAAGCAUCACUACCUAGUGAGCCUGGGCCGUGUCAAGCGCAUCUUCCAGCCCGGCACCAACCCACCGCCCUUUUCGCAGUUCCUGGCACGCAGGAACGAGGUCCCGCUGCUGCACUUCUACACCGCGCGCCCACGGCGCCACACGCGCAGCGCCGAGGACCCGCCCGAGCGCGACCCGCUGAACGUGCUCAAGCCGCGGCCCCGUGCCACGCCCGUGCCAGUCUCCUGCUCACGUGAGCUGCCGAGCGCAGAAGAAGGUGGCCCCGCGGCCAGCGACCCCCUGGGGGUGCUGCGCAGAGGCCGCGGGGAUGCUCGCGGGGGCGCGGGAGGCGCAGAUCGGUGUCGCCCCUUUCCCAGGUUUGCCUAGGUUCCCUGCCCCGGAGGCCUCCGCCUCCAUCCUCCAGUCAGUUCAGCUCACGUGGAGGGCUGGAGUACCCUGAGGAUGUCCGCUUCUCUCCCUUCCCUAUGGGCCUGAGAGUCACCUGCGAGGUUCCAGCCAGGCACCGCUAUUCAGAAUAAGAGCCAACAGUGGGAGGCUGGACAGUUGGUGCAGACAGUUCUCAGCUCCCACAACUACCUGUAAUUCUAGUUCCAGGGGAAUCUAGACACACACACACACACACACACACACACACAUCCACACACAUGCAUACAUACAUGUAAUUUUAAAUGUUAAUCUGUUUUAAAGACCCCCCCCCCAAACAGGUAAACUAGACACGAAGCUUUUUUUAUCUUACUAACAGGUAAACUAGACACUUGGCCUUUAUUAGCUGGUCUCUGGCCUAGCAUUUUUAUCGAUCAGUUAGCACGAAGAAAGUUCACACCUUGCACACAGGGAAGAGGCCAUCUCUGCAGCUUCUUGUUACUGUUCUGGGACCCACACUUCUGAGUUUGCGUUUGAGCACCUUGACCUUAACGUCUUCACUGGGCAAGUCGAAGACAGACACUCAGUUCUUCCCUUUGGGAAGAGCUUUCGAUUGGAGGCUGACAAGGAGACCCAAACCGAUCAGGUUCCAGAGUUGAGCCUCUCUGCGGAAUGA